CGUUUAAUGUGGAUGUGCUGGGCUGACCGAAUUCUAAUUCAAUAUUUUUAUCUAGCUAGAUUUUACAGUUUGUAGCUGUUUGUUGCCGUUUAAGCAUGUCAGUAUUCAGUUGGGGAUGCGCUCAGGAUGGACAGCUGGGAAUCCCUGGUGUAGGAGAUGAUGUUAGCUCUAUCACGUCCCCCAAAGAGAUUUCUUCUCUAGCUGGUAACCAAGUCCUUGAGAUCAGUUGUGGACUUCGUCACACCUGUGUUCUCCUGCAAGAUGGCACUGUCAUGACAUGUGGUGCCAACGAUCGGGGCCAGUUGGGCCAGGAGAGGUCUGGAUCUGAGCUUGCUCAGGUGCCUGCCACUGAUACCUUGGUGGUCACUCAAAUCUCCUGUGGAAAUGACCAUACCUUGGCAGUCACCGACCGAGGUCAAGUUCUAGGCUGGGGUCGUGAUGACCGAGGUCAGUGUGGUAUGUCUUCUGGAGGUAGAGAGGACAAAAGAAAACCGAGACUGUUGAAGAGUUUGUCAUCAUGUCAGGUUGCACAAGUAGCGUGUGGAUCCUUGCACUCAAUGGCUCUUACAAGAGAUGGCAGGAUAUAUGCGUGGGGCGACAAUUCCUUCGGGCAGCUUGGCAUCGGAGUCCCCGGAAGAACUCUGUACAGGGAUCACCCACAGCUGCUCUCCUCUCUCCCGGGUGUCCCGAUCAGGAGGUUGGCUUGCGGGGGGUGGCAUUCCUUCGCCCUCUCCAUCUCCGGAGCUGUGUUUGGGUGGGGCAAGAACAACUGCGGUCAACUGGGCCUUGGAACGACAGAAGAUAGAGUCCAUCCAACUCUACUAAAGAAUCUGAAAACUCAGAGAGUAAAAUAUAUUGCCUGUGGUCAGAACUAUACAGCCAUGCUCACAUCAUCGGGUGGACUUUUCCUCUUCGGCCAAGGGUCAGACGGUCAGCUAGGUCAUGGGUCACACAGCGAUGAGAUCAACCCGAGGAAGGUCCUUGACUUCCUAGGCAGUGAGAUCACCCAGGUUGCUUGUGGAAGGAAACACACUCUGGUCCUGGAGGGGCGCACUGGUCGGUUCUACUCCUUUGGUCAAGGAAGCAAAGGCCAGCUUGGACUUGACAACGAUAGUUCCAGGUCUUGUGCAACUCUUGUGCCUGGUCCAUGGAAAGCAAAGAACAGUUCUGAGGGAUAUUCUAAUGGGGAGGAAACAAGGUCUAUUAUUGGGUCCAUCUUUGCUGGAGGAGACCACUCGUUUUGUACCGUCUUAAGAGGGGAUGACUGCAAUCAUCCUCUUGACUUCAGGGAAGCUCUUCCUAACACGGAGCCUGUUGUUCUAACCGAAGAUUUGCUCCAAGAAGUCUCUGACUAUGCUCCUUCAAGUCCUUCUAAAGCAAUUCAGACUCUAGAGAUGGUGUUCUCCUCCCCACCCUGCCUCAACGCCUCUUUCCUUGUUGGGAAUGAUGAUCAUUUCUAUCUUGCUCAAUGUAAUGAUAAGCAUGGCAUUGACUUGGAUGCAGCGAGAUCAGCAUUUGAAUGCCUCUCUGGAAAGAUGGACAUUAUUAAAAUGAUUUCAGGGAUCAUCAACUCACACCUCAUCCCCACCCUGCAGAAACACCCCUCGGUGUACCCAGUAUCUGAAAGCCUUAGACUCUACCUCUUAAUAAUGGAAUGUCCCGCUCUCAGCCAUCCUUCCCAACAGUGGUGCAGACAAACCAUUCUUCAAAUGGGGAAGGCCUUGCUCAAUCUAUCAGCAGAUGCAGAGGAAACAAUAGACAGGUGGUGGUCAAGCCUGUUACCACGCCAUCUCAACCGUAUCUUGACCAUUCAUAAGGACUGUGUGUUGUCCAUCUUAGAGUCUCCGUCCGUGUCCACUACGGGGGAUAUCCAGACGCAGUGGACAUCUAUGAGGGUGCUUGAAAAGCUACACAAGAUCAAUACCAGAAGUGGGGAGAUUCUCCCUUACUACAAGUUUCAUAUACCAAACAUAGGCAAGUACAUCAAUAUGCAGGAUGAUUUCUUACAAUUCUUCAAGAACACUGUUCUACACAGCAUGGGCUGUGAAGCGAAGACAUUCUGUGAUUACCCAUUUGUCUUUGACGCUGACAUGAAGUCUUCAUUGCUUCAUCUAGAUGCCCUUCUUCAGAUGCAGUUUGCUAUGGAAGAGGUCCAACGUGCCAACUUUGCCAAUGUGUUCUUCAACAUGGACCCAGUGAAUCCAUGCCUGGUCCUGUGCGUCAUGAGAGAGAACCUGGUCUCGUCUGCCAUAGACCAGCUCGGUCAUCUAGACCAGCACAAUCUCAAGAAACCACUCAAGGUUAUCUUUGUUGGAGAGGAGGCCAUUGAUGCUGGAGGUGUCCAGAAGGAAUUCUUCAUGUUGAUAAUGAGGGAGAUCUUGGAUCCCAAGUAUGGAAUGUUCAGAUACUUUGAAGACUCUGGAAAGAUCUGGUUCAACAGCAAGUCAUUUGAGGACAUCAAGAUGUUUCGCCUGGUUGGUCUUAUAUGUGGCCUUGCCAUCUACAACAACAUGAUCAUCUCACUUCCCUUUCCAUUAGCACUCUACAAGAAACUCUUAGAUAGGGAGACAACUCUUGAUGACUUCAAGCAGUUAGAACCCCAGGUUGCACAAAACCUCCAAUCAGUGCUAGACUAUGAUGAUCCAGAUAGCUUCAGUGAAACCUUCCCUCUCUUCUUCCAGAUCAACGAGGACAAUUUUGGAGAGGUGGAGACAAGUGAUUUAGUUCCCAACGGAUCAGAAAAAGAACUCACCUUCAAAAAUAGGAAUGACUAUGUGAUGGCAUACGUCAACUACUGCUUGAAUGCAUCUGUGAGGGAGCAGUUUGAAGCCUUCAGCAGUGGCUUUCUAGAAGUGUGCGGUGGACAUGUCCUGAGGUUCUUCCAUCCCCAGGAACUCAUGGCGAUGGUCAUCGGUAACGAGGAGUUCAACUGGGAUGAACUAGAAGAGACUGUGCAGUAUAAAGGAGAGUACAGUGCUGGUCAUCCUACCAUCAAGUUCUUCUGGCAAGUCUUCAGGGAGAUGGCUGUUGAUGACAAGAGGAAGUUUCUGGUCUUCCUCACAGGAAGCAACCACGUACCUAUCCAGGGCUGGAAGAGCCUUCAGGUUAUCAUCCAACCAGUGAAAGGAGGAGAGGACUUCUUCCCUGUGGCUCAUACUUGCUUCAAUCUCCUAGACUUACCCAUCUACACAAGCAAAGAGGUCCUACGAGAGAAGCUACUAACUGCAAUAGAACAUACAGAGGGUUUUACUUUAGCAUAGGGAUGAAAGGAAGAAAGGACUUCUUCCCUGUUGCUCUUACUUGCUUCAAUCUCCUAGACCUUCCUAUCUAUAACAGAAAUAUGUCUUACAGGAGAAGUUAAUAACUGCAAUUGAACACACCAAGGGUUUACAAUAGCAUAGGUAUCAAAGAUGGAGAGGACUUCUUCCAUAUUGCUUGUAAAUGCUCCUAGACUUUGCCAUCCUACAAGAGAAGCUACUAACUGCAAUAGAACAUACAGAGGGUUUUACAUUAGCGUAGAUAUCAGAGUUGGAGAGGACUUCUUUCCUGUUGCUUAUACUUGCUUCAAUCCUCUGGACCUACCUUAAGCAAAGAUGUCUUACAGGAGAAGUUGUUAACUGCAAUAGAAAAUACAAAGGGAUUUUACAUCAGCUUGUGGAUGAAAGGAGGAGAGGACUUCUUCCCUGUUGCUCAUACUUGCUUCAAACUACGUGACCUUCCCAUCUACACAAGCAAAUAAGUCUUACAGGAGAAGCUACUACCUGCAAUUGAACAGACAGAGGGGUUUACAUUAGCAUAGUUAUCAAAAUUGAAGAGGAAUUUUUCCAUGUCUCUUCAAAUAACUCCCAACUCUUAGACUUACACAAACAAAGAGGUCCUUCAAGUGAACAUAGAGAGGGAAGUACAUUAGCAUCGGUUUCAUCCAGCCUGUCAAAUGUGGGAAGGACUUCUUCCCUGCUGCUACAGAAUGCUUCAAUCUCCAAGACCUACCUCUCUAUUUUAGGAGAGAUGUUGUAAAAUAGAGGUAACUUCAAUUGGUCAGUAAAUGCAAUAGAAUGAACCAAGGGGUUUUCAUCAGCAUAGGUAUCAUCCAAUGCUUCAAAGAUGGCAAAGACUUCUUCAGAAUUCUUCCAUCUUGCUCAUGCAAUCUCCAAGACCUACCCAUCUACUAAGUAAAGAAGUUCCAUAAGAGAACUGCAAUUAUGAAUUUUAUCAUCAGGUAUUGAAUGUCAAUUUAAGAUUGGAAUUGCAGGUUCUUUGACUGGUACAUCACACUUUCUAAGGUGUGAUGUACCAGCUUCUAAUCUGGUAAUAUUUGCCAAAAAAUAAAUUAAUCAAAUUUGCCAUUAACAAUGAAUUGCCAUAUACUUGAUACCUUGUAUUUGAAGCAUAGUGUAGGAAAACAACUAUUCUUUAUUAUAGCUUAUUGAACAAGCAGCUCGCAGGCUGAAAACAUUCACUUUACAAAGUAUUAUUAGGAUAAAAUAUUGUUAUAAAGAUACAGCAUUGUAGAAUAUAUAUAUAUUGUAAGCUAACUUAUUCAGAUAACUUAUUCAUUGAUAAGUUAAAAGCUAUAGCAAAACAAUCUAUAUGAAUUACUCAUGUGGUGUUAACUAUAUCUUGUUUCAGUCCUGAAACAAAAAUACACAAUCUGCACUGUAAUAUUAGUGUAAAUUCAGUUAAAGUGAAGUGCUGCCAACAUGAACAAAUUGUUUAAAAGCAAGCAUCAAUAAUACCUAAAAAAGGAUAUGUAGUUGUAAGAGUGGAUUUUAUUCUAAGUUUUGUAACUUGUUAUACUAGUAGGCCAUUGUGCUGAUCCUCCAUUCUAUAGGUCUCGCUAUGACAUUAAUUUGCUGAACUAGUAAAACCAAAGAAUAUUUGAUUGCGCACUUUGCUUCUAUCUUGAAAAUUACUUUCGGACAUGACAGAAUCUAUUGCUAAGCAGGGGUCACUGACUCUCAAAAUGAUUUUAGGAACAGCAUUUUUCCUGAAAAUGUGAAAAAGUGACUUACCUAGGCUAAUUGUCCCUUGAAAAACUAAUGCUAUGACAUGUCGCUAUGAUUUCAAAUGAUUCUCUUUACAAUGUAUUAAUCUAGAUAAGCAACUCGUAUUAUGGCAUAUUCAAGUUUUCUUUAGUAACAUAUUUAACUAUUUAUAAAAUAAAAGAAAUAUGUAUGGAGGUGCCAUACUUAUGUCUGCGUCAAAACUUAUCUGCCUUUUCGAUUGCAAGUAAGAUAUACUUGAUACAAUAAAAUCAAUAUAUCAGUGUAUUAUCAUAUAAUGUGUAUAUGAUUUAGAAUGCAGUGAUGGGUUUCUUUAGUACAGUUUGAUAUUUUUGUUUACAUCAUCUCAGUUGUGCAAUGAAGCACCUCUUCCUUGCCAGAUAUUUAUAACAGAGGCAAAAACCACCAGAUUCCAUUGUCGGUGCAAUUUUAUUAACCUUACAGGGGUAUGAGAGUUCAGAUUUUUAGCUGAUUUCAGAUUUUUUUCUGUUUUUAUUUUCAGCUUAAUUUUGGCUUCCCUCUGUA